CUUAUCCUUCCAUCCUUCCACAGUCAGGAUCCAGCAUUACACCCUAUAACACCCAACAUUGAUUAUCAUUCCUGAUCUCCAACGACAUCACAACAUAAAAUAUGGACAACAAACUGUUUUCAGCGGUGAACAACUUUCUCAACCAAUCGCAAUUUGUCAACCAGAUCAAAGAUCUCAUGAAUCGACCAUCGGGAGCGAAUGAUUAUCCCGAUGCGCAAGAUAUGAUGGACGAUGUUGAGUGUGCCACACCGAAAAAUAAAAAACCACCCGCGAUGCUAUCUCGACGCCCAAAUGUCUCCAAGCGUCAGAUGAAAGAAUUCCGCGAAGCGUUUCGACUUUUCGACAAGGAUGGUGACGGCAGCAUUACUAAGGAAGAACUGGGACGAGUCAUGCGUUCGUUGGGACAAUUCGCACGCACCGAGGAAUUACAACAGAUGUUACAGGAAGUUGACGCGGAUGGCGAUGGAAAUGUAUCCUUCGAAGAAUUCGUCGACAUUGCAUUCUCUGCUGGAGCUGGAGCAGACACAGAAGUCUACUCACGUGAACAAGAAGACAAAGAGCUCCGAGACGCAUUCCGUGUAUUCGAUAAACAUAAUCGCGGAUUCAUAACCGCAUCUGACCUGCGCGCAGUGCUGCAAUGUCUCGGCGAAGAUUUAUCCGAAGAAGAAAUUGAAGACAUGAUAAAAGAAGUUGACGUGGAUGGUGAUGGCCGCAUUGAUUUCUAUGAAUUUGUAAACGCGCUUGGCGAGCCUGGAAAUGACGAAAGCGGCGAUGAAGAAGACGAAGACCUCUACGGUUAUUAAAUUCUAUAUCAAAAAAAUUAUAUCGAAUUAUCAACACCCUGUAUAUUGGACCAUUUAAAUGUAAUUCAAUGAGUGUCAAAAUAAUACCGAAAACAAUGGAAAGAA